GAUGGGCUAAAGGGACUGCGCUACGAUCAUUAAAGAAGGGAGGGAUACGGACAACGAACUCCUUCCGCACAUCACUCCUUGAGCGUAGCCAACGGAGCAAACCGGAGGUACCGUUUUCACCUGCUUGCCAACGGUACUGGACGGAAGCUACACCGUAGCAUGGAUGCUUUGAAAUCUGCAGGGAGAGCAAUUAUCAAGAGUCCCGGAGUUCCGCGGCACACAUGGGGAACUUCAAAGCACGAAAAGCUGCCAGAGAACUGGACGGACACCAAGGAGACGUUACUGGAGGGAAUGGUGUUUAACGUGAAGUACCUGGGCAUGACACUGGUGGGCCAGCCCAAAGGAGAGGACAUGGCCACCGCCGCCAUCCGCAGGAUUGUGAGCACGCAGGCCCGAGCCAGUACCAAGAAGUUCCGUAAGGUUACGCUGACUGUCUCCCCGAAAGGAAUCAUCAUCACAGAUACAGAGACCUCAGACCUCAUAGAGAACGUCUCCAUAUACAGAAUCUCUUACUGCACAGCUGAUAAAACUCAGGAUAAGGUCUUUGCCUACGUUUCCCAGAGUCAGUUUAAUGAAACCCUGGAAUGCCACGCUUUCCUGUGCCAGAAGAAGAAAAUUGCCCAGGCUGUGACACUCACGGUGGCUCAGGCCUUCAAAGUAGCCCUGGACCUGUGGGAAGUCGCUCAGGAGGAUAAAAGCAAGAAGGCGAGGAGCUGCUGCACCUGCUCUGUCGGGGAAGGCCAGACCGAGACAAGCACACACUGUGUCUCAGACCCAGAGAAACACAAGCCACAGGGGGUGGAGGAGAAACUCAGGCGGCCAUAUCUCUCCACAUCCCUCAGCUCGCCCUCCCCACGCAACAAUCCCGCCCGGAGACGACCAAUCAAACACGACUCCUGGGAUGUGGAAGAUGGCCUUGAUGAUGCAUUCUCAAGCAAUAUGGAUGUAGAGGAGAUGGACAUGGACUGGCAGAGUCCCGCUCCGGACCCUUCUCUGAGGACGCACCUCUAAGUCCCCUGGAGGCCCGGCUCGAUGACCUCAUGUCUCUGAGCAGUGAUGACUCAGACUUACGCUCACAACAUCGACUGCUUAACAAGUUGUCCCCACAAACCAUGAAUACCUGACUGCCAAAACACACUUUUAUGCCCUCUUUACAAAUGAAAUUGCCCGUCAUAUAAUGGUUCUCAUAAUCAACCUGAAGACUGACUUGCCUAAAACCUUCUACAAUUCCAACACGUGUAAGGCAUCACAACAUUAAUCUUCCCAAGGAUAUAAUUGUACUUACAUAUUUUAGGAUUUCUACUGCCAAACAUUGUAACAAGCCUUUUUAAAUUCCACUAAUAUAAGAUUGUACUUUAUUUGAAUUUCUACUGUCAGUUACAACUGUCAGUCACUUAAAGUUUUUUCAGUUUAUUUAUUUAGAGGAGAUGGAAUCAAACUUUUGUAUCUUAGGCAGUCAAUGAAUAAAUCUAUUUUUCUUACAGUACCUUUUAAGGAUACAGAACCUUUAAGGAUCAACAAGAACUAAGUCCUACCAACUUUCAAUGUUUCUUUAGAACACAUUUACAGAUGGACAUCAAGCUCACAUUUCUCAACAGCAAUUAUUAGAUAUUUUAUAUCUGCUCAGUGGAAUAUUAGCUUCUGAAGUCUGAAUAGUUCUCUCCAGUGGUCCAGUUAGGAAACAUAAGCUGGUACGAAUGCUCAGUGGUUUUUAUUUAUUUCAUUAUGAAUUAUAGAUUCCUUUGAUCUAGCAUGUUGAUGCCUUGGUUUUUGUGAAGAACAAAAGGGAACUUGACAUAUAAUCAAUCAAUUGUUAGACCAGGUUUCUUUCAUCCAGUGACAUGCUGUACUGUACAACACUCUGGUGUUUCUGUGCUAUGAUAUGAAUAGCAUGCAUUGAUCACUGAAUAAAAACAGGACCCUUUGAUCUCAGCAUAAAGGUUUUUACAUUAUUCACUUAUGAACCUUUUAAUGUUUAUUUAACAGUAACUGUUCUAUCAUUACAUUUUUGCACACAACAUCUAAUAAUAUGCCAGUAACCUAUAUCUUGUCAUUAGAUUUAUCAUCAAUUGACAGUGACACACUUAAUUUUAGCCAUAUAUUUCCCCCUCUAUCUACUUAUGAGAAUGUCAUAUUUACAAUUAAAAUGUGUAACAGUUGAGAAGCUAACCUAGAGGUCCUGCAUUUUUAGAUUGUGAUCGAAAAUAUUCUGUGCUGUAUGAAAUGUUUUCUGUGCUUCUCAUGUCAUUGGGGACCUAAGCCCUGACUCAGUAAAUGUGUCAUUUCCUAUCCCUCCUAUCCCCUUUCACUUUACUUCAGUGACAGAAAAUGCUUAAAAUUUCUAAAAAAUGAUAGAAAUAUUCUCAUCACGUUGUAGUCAAUUCUUGAAAAAUGGCACGAGCAAAUGGCUUUUAGCAUUAAGAGCCCUUAAUGUG